UAUGAAUCUGUAAAGUAAAUGAAUAUUGUAAAGUUUUAAAUACUAAACCUAUUAAACUUAUUUAAGAUAAUCAAUAAUCAUGGAUUAGAUUGUAAUUACUUACUUUUAUAUAUUUUUAUUAUUUUCUGAUUCUAACCUUUUUUUGUAUCAAGUUAAAACUCAUUUUAAAUUACAAAAUUAUUGCGACAAUUGAACUCUUGUUUUAAGAUUUAGUUAUAAAAUAAUAAAAAGUAACAAAAAAAAUAUAACAAAAUCUUGCAUAAUUAGACCAAGUCAAAGUUAAAAUUUCUAUUAAUUAUCACAUUAAUAAAACAUCGAAUCACUUGCUACAUUUAAUGAUUACAUCAUUAUUCAGAGUCUGAAGUGAUGAGUUCUGGAUGAUGUUUACUUAUUAUCAACGUCACUGGCAAAAGUAGUAAUGCUUAACAAUUGGUAGUGAGAUGCGCCGACUUAGGCUACGCAAAGGUUCUUAUUUAUCAAUUGGAAGUAAAUCUUCCUUAUUUUCAAUAUCUCAUUCAACUUUACAUCAAAUACAUUUGAGCGAACCUCGUCCUCAAGAUGUCUGCGGUCGAGGCACCACCGUUUAUACGAACAAUCGAGUGGGAUAUGAUGGACAAAACAAAAUUCUUUCCACUGAGUAUGCUGUCUUCAUUCUCAGUUCGUUGUUGCCUUUAUCCAUUAACUGUUAUCAAAACACGGCUUCAAAUACAAAGAAAAAAUCACAUGUAUACAGGAAUGAUAGACGCUUAUCGCAAAAUCUACAGAGUAGAAGGAUUGGCAGGACUCUACCGCGGGUUCUGGAUAAGCUCAAUCCAAAUAGUAUCAGGAGUAUUUUAUGUGUCAACUUACGAGGGAGUAAGACAUAUUCUAAGUCAAAAACCGUUCACUGCGGGUCUAGAUUCAAGAAUAAAAGCAUUAAUUGGAGGGGCAGCAGCGAGUGCUGUAGCGCAGACAAUUGUUGUACCCUUUGACGUUCUAAGUCAGCAUCUAAUGGUUCUUGGAGUCACAACAAAGCACGGAAAAUUAGCUGUGGAUAAAAUGGCAAUGAAUCCACUAGGAUUAAAUUUAACUCCAGGAAUGUCGAGAGCUUACAUUUCUAGUGAAAUUAUUAGAUCAAUAUACCAAAGAGAUGGUGUCAAAGGUUUUUAUAGGGGUUACGUAGCGUCUCUUUGUGCUUAUGUGCCUAACAGUGCACUUUGGUGGGGUUUAUAUACUUUUUAUCAAGAUGAACUGAUUAGAAUGUUACCAAAUUGGGUAUCUCAUCUUUUCAUUCAGUCAGUGGCUGGAACUCUUGGAGGAUUCACGACAACCAUUAUAACAAAUCCAUUAGACAUAGUUCGUGCAAGACUUCAAGUUCAGCGUCUAGAUAGUAUGUGCAAUACAUUCAAAAUAUUAUGGAUAGAAGAGGGAAUGAGAAUGUUUUCAAAAGGAUUGUCUGCAAGACUUGUACAAUCUGCAUGCUUUAGUUUUUCAAUAAUUCUUGGAUAUGAAACAAUUAAACGUGUGAGUAUAAAUGAGGAGUACAAAAGUUAUAUACGAUGGUGAGAGGAACUACACAAAUGUAAAAUUGAAUAUUUUCAUUUAUUUUCUGUCAUCAUUCUAUGCAUUAUUGUUUUGCCAUCAGUGAUAUAAGAUCUCAUUCCAUCUUGUAUAUAACGUUAUUUACCUUAUUUAUCAGGCUGUAUAUACUUUAGACCUAUAUUUAAUUAACUAUUAUUAAAUUUAAUUCGAUUAUAAAGUUAUUAAAUAAAAAACCGAUACAUUUAAAUAAA